UCAUCAUUUCGAGCCACGUCUAAACUCGGAUCGCGGUGAAUUUUUCUCCCGGAUAGCUCGUUGUGUUUCGCGUUCCAUGUCGGUGCUGUUUCUGGAACGAUUUUUCGGUGGAAAAUAGUGUCUGAAAUUGCAGAAAAUUUGUGAAAAUGCCACUCCGACUGGACAUCAAGAGACGGCUAACGUCCCGUUCCGAUCGUGUUAAAUCAGUGGAUCUACAUCCGACGGAACCAUGGAUGCUGUGCGCCCUGUACAAUGGGCACGUUCACGUAAUGAACUACGAAAAUCAGCAGCUGGUGAAGGAUUUCGAAGUAUGCGACAUCCCGGUUCGAUGUGCUCGCUUCGUUGCCCGCAAAAAUUGGAUUAUCACCGGCUCGGACGACAUGCAGGUCCGAGUAUUCAACUACAACACCCUGGAGAAGGUACACUCGUUCGAGGCCCACACAGACUACGUCCGCUGCAUUGCGGUGCACCCGACACAGCCGCUGAUCCUGACCAGCAGCGAUGAUAUGCUCAUCAAAUUGUGGAACUGGGAAAAGGUGUGGUCCAUGCAGCGGGUGUUCGAAGGUCACACUCACUACGUCAUGCAGAUCGUGUUCAACCCGAAGGACAACAACACAUUCGCCAGUGCCUCGCUGGAUCGAACCGUCAAGGUGUGGCAGCUGGGCUCGAAUGUACCCAACUUCACGCUGGAAGGGCACGAGAAGGGAGUGAACUGUGUGGAUUACUACCACGGAGGUGAUAAGCCCUACUUGAUAUCCGGUGCCGACGAUCGGUUGGUCAAAAUUUGGGACUACCAAAAUAAGACGUGCGUCCAGACGCUGGAGGGGCACGCACAGAACGUCUCGGCGGUCUCGUUCCAUCCGGAGCUGCCCAUUGUGCUGACGGGUUCCGAGGAUGGAACCAUCCGGAUUUGGCACUCGGGCACGUACCGGCUGGAGACGUCGCUGAACUAUGGCUUCGAACGGGUGUGGACCAUCGCCUGCAUGCGGGGAACGAACAAUGUGGCGCUUGGCUACGACGAGGGUUCCAUCAUCAUCAAGGUCGGCCGCGAGGAACCGGCCAUGUCGAUGGACGUCAACGGUGGCAAAAUCGUGUGGGCCCGGCACUCGGAGAUGCAACAGGUCAACCUAAAAGCCCUGCCCGAGGGCACAGAAAUCAAAGACGGCGAACGGCUACCGGUGGCCGUCAAGGACAUGGGAGCCUGUGAAAUCUAUCCCCAGACAAUCGCUCACAACCCGAACGGACGAUUCGUAGUCGUCUGCGGUGACGGCGAGUACAUCAUCUACACCUCGAUGGCCCUCCGCAACAAGGCCUUCGGCUCGGCCCAGGAGUUCGUGUGGGCGUCGGAAAACAGCGAGUACGCCGUACGGGAAUCCAGCGGCACGGUGAAGCUGUUCCGCAACUUCAAGGAACGGAAAAGCUUCACCCCGGACUACGGCGCAGAAGGAAUAUUCGGCGGACAACUGCUGGCAGUCAAGACCUCCUCCGGUUUGUCGUUCUACGAUUGGGAGAAUCUCGAGCUCAUCAGACGAAUCGAAGUCCAACCAAGACACGUAUUCUGGAACGAAGCCGGUACGUUGGUGUGCCUGGCCACGGAGGACUCGUACUUCAUCCUGCAGGUCGACAUCGGCAUGAUUCAGAAUGCCCUGACCACGAAGCAGCAGCUCAGCGAAGAUGGGAUCGAGGAAGCGUUUGACGUUCUGGGCGAAGUCAACGAAGCGGUUCGCACCGGACUGUGGGUCGGCGAUUGCUUCAUCUACACCAACUCGGUCAACCGGAUCAACUACUACGUCGGCGGGGAGAUUGUCACCAUUUCCCACCUGGACCGGACGAUGUACUUGCUCGGAUACGUGCCGAAGGAUAAUCGCCUCUACCUCGGCGACAAGGAACUGAACGUGACCAGCUUCGCGCUGCUCCUGUCGGUGCUGGAGUACCAAACGGCAGUCAUGCGACGGGACUUCGAAACGGCGGACCGGGUGCUGCCGACCAUCCCGAAAGAGCACCGCACCCGGGUGGCGCACUUCCUCGAGAAGCAAGGUUUCAAACAGCAAGCCCUGCAGGUUUCCACCGAUCCGGAACAUCGGUUCGAUUUGGCGCUGCAGAUCGGCGAUCUGGACACGGCCCUAGUGCUAGCCCGGGAAUCGGACAGCCCCCAGAAGUGGUCCCAGCUGGCCAGCAUCGCCACCAGCAAGAACAAAUUCGACCUGGUCAAAGAGUGUCUCACCAAUGCGAACGACUUCGGCGGCCUGCUGCUGCUGGCGACCAGUUCCGGCGACGAAGGCAUGCUUCGGAAUCUGGGAGAGAACGGUGUAUCGCAGGGCAAAUUCAACAUCUCCUUCCUGUCGAUGUUCCUGCUCGGGGAUUUGGAAAAAUGCUUGGAGAUUCUCAUCCAAACCAAUCGGAUACCGGAAGCGGCAUUCUUCGCUAGAACCUACAUGCCGAACAAGGUGUCCUACGUGCUGGACAUUUGGCGAACGGAGCUGGCCAAGAUCAACGAGAAGGCCGGCCAAAGUCUAGCCGAUCCGCAGCAGUACGAAAAUCUGUUCCCCGGUUUCUACGAGUCGGUCAAGACGCAGCAGUUCCUGCUGCCGGAACGGUCGACCCUGCUACCGGCCCAGUCUGCCAUCGAUGUCCCCCUGAAUCUCGACCGGGAUCCCAUAGCGGAGAUGAGACAGGCGGAAAACGAAGGACGGUUCGAUUACGAUCCGAGUGCCGCGGCCACCGGUGCGGAAGGUGCCACAAGCAGUGCGACGGAAGGCAACAAACCCACAUUAUCCAACGUGAUGGAAGAAGCACUGAUAGCGACAACGGCCGGAACGCCCGCACCCUCGGUCACGGUGGGAAAUAUUCCUCUAGCCUUCCAGCCUGCACCAUCCGCCGCCAGCCAGAUCAAGCGGAAGAGCUCGCUCGACGACUUCGAGUCCGAGAUCGAGGCCCUCAAUCUGGACGAUAAUAUCGACACUUCUGAUGUAAAUAUAGAUGACGAUCUGUUGAGUGAUUGAGAUGGGCUGCGGAUGUUCCGAACAGGGAUGCUCAGAGAAAGCGAGAGAACGAGAGAGCAGGAGAAUUUCCCCUUACCCUCCCUUUUAGUAGCGAUAGAAGAGUAUAUAGAAGUUUAUUAUAAUUAAAUCUAAUGGAAGAAGUAUGUUAAGGAAAAUUUAAAUAAAAAAAAAUAAUAAACGAGCAGGAGAAGAAUGUUGCAGCAACGUAAAAAAAAAAAUCAUCAAUGGAACAUUUUUUUUUCAACAUCCUUCUUGAGUAUGAUGGCGUUCAUCAUGCCAAACUGUGGGACAGACAACAAGUAUUUUAAACAGGCUAGUAGUUCCGUACCAACGACGGUUCUUUUUCUCUGUUUUCGCACCUGCAAAGAAUAAAUUGUUCUCAGUUACGAAACAGCAAGUGCGAAGGUAAAUAGCAUUUAGGUAAUCUUGAAUUUUCCUUGUUUCUCAUUUCCCGCCAAGCAUGAUUGAGGUUUGUUUCAAACAAAUCAAACAUAGCGAGUGAUCGAAACUCGCAAAACUAGGAAGAUGUUGCUACUUUUCUAAUUGCUGUCUAGGGAUUUUUUUUUUGCAUUAUAUGUUAUCACUUACCGAUUACGAUUGAUUAUUAUGAUUACAUAUUACAAUUGCUACACCAUUAAUUGGCUAUAUCUACGCAUUCGCAUCUUUGUUGUGCACAUCUCUGAACGACAAAGACAGAAGAAGGAUACAUUUACUAUGUGGAGAAAACAGCGAAGCUACCAAUAUAAGGAAAUCAAUAUAUUACAAA